CGCGCGUCAUUUCCGCUUGGGGCCGGAAGCGGGAAGUGGCAGGAUGUUGGGCGACUUGCUGCUCUUUGGGACGCUGCUGGUCAACGCGGGGGCGGUGCUGAACUUCCGGCUAAAGAAGGAGAGUCACGGCUUUGGCCCGGAGGCGAGAGGACCGUCCACAGGCGACAACAUCCGGGAAUUCCUGCUGAGCCUCCGCUACUUCCGCAUCUUCAUCGCCCUCUGGAACAUCUUCAUGAUGUUCUGCAUGAUCGUGCUCUUCGGCUCCUGAGCGACCCGAGGCGACGCUUCCAGCCGGAAAUCGCCGCCUACGAUGCAGGAAAAUUUCAUUUCCCGUGUUCCGUUUUCUUGUUUUUAUGAGCAUUAAAGGAAGAUUUCCACCUCU